ACUGCAGUAAUUCCAUCCUUUUGUAGAUAUGUGGCUCCCUCUGCUGGCGGUACUGGGUAUAAUUUAUCUGUACAGAUGGCACAGACAGAGCCUGAUUAUGGAGAAUGUUACCAAUAAAUAUGUCUUUAUAACUGGAUGUGAUUCUGGAUUCGGCAACCUGCUGGCGAAGCAGCUGGACAGACGUGGAAUGAAGGUUUUAGCCGCUUGUCUGACAGAAGCCGGGGUGGAAAACCUGAAGAAAGAGACCUCCAAUAGAAUUCAAACUGUAAUCUUGGAUGUCACUGAUAGCCAGAAUGUUGGUUCUGCUGCCAAGUGGGUUUCAUCCAUUGUAAAAGAUGAAGGACUUUGGGGCCUGGUAAACAAUGCAGGAAUAGAAGUCCCAAGCUGUAACAAUGAAUGGCUAACUAAGGAAGAUUUCUUGAAGAUUCUCAAUGUAAAUCUGCUCGGUGUUGUUGAUGUGACAAUUCAUCUUUUGCCACUGAUUCGGAAAGCUAGAGGACGUGUAGUAAAUGUAGCCAGUGUGGCUGGUAGACUCACAAUGUGUGGUGGAGGAUAUUGUAUGUCUAAAUAUGGAGUAGAGUCAUUCUCUGAUAGUCUUCGGCAUGAAAUGAAUCCAUUCGGAGUGAAGGUGUGCAUAAUUGAGAGCGGCUUUUACAGUACGCAAAUGAAUGACGGCAAAUCACAUAAAGAAAGUCUAAAGCGCUGCUGGGAGAAAACCUCAGAAGAGGUUCGGAAAGCUUACGGAGUGGAGUACUUUGGUAAAACUUACACCUCCGUUGAUAUUAUGUCAUGGUUCUGGUCCACCAAACUUUCUCGUGUGACAGAUUGCAUGGAACAUGCACUGACAGCGGUUCACCCCUGGACACGUUACUCUGCAGGCUGUGAUGCCAAAUACUUCUUAGUGCCUUUUUCCUAUCUACCUGCAGCCAUCUUGGACCUUGUUCUCACUAUCGGACAGCCUAAACCAGCCCAGGCAAUCUGAUUCUCCUUUCAAUUGUUUUUAUCUCCUGCAUGAAUCUCCUCACUUUACAGAGAGAUCUUCAAAUAAAAUACAAUAUUUAGCAAUAAAUAUGUGAUGGGAGUUAUGUACCUGUGUUUAUUGUCUGUUAAUGUGUACUCUCCUUUUAUCUGUAUUAUGCUAACCUGUUUUAGAAUGACUGCACAUAUGCAUAAAAACUUGUGUCAAAUAAUUAGAAAA